GGCCUAUCUGUUUCGCACUGGCGGUCUUCACCUCGGCCGCAGCAACUGUUUAUGAAUUCUGUUCGAGCCUUUGUCAGUCACACACAUUUUGCAAAUUGUAUUGCUCUAAACAAUGAAAGUCUUACAGCGUUUGCGGUAUUAAGGACGAUAGAGCUUGUGGCAUUUGAAACGAAGGCGAUUGAGUUUGUUCUUGGCUAGUAGAACAGGGCGAUUUGAUCCAAUAAACGGGAGCACAACUACCUGGAGCUAGUGUGCUGGGAGGGUACAGCGGAGGUCGAAGUAGUGAAGUUUUGAAGAAUUUCGAGAGGAAGAUAUGGAAAAAGAGGAGCAGGCGAGAGUAAGGGCCACUGUGGAAGAAAUACUUGCGGAAGUAAACAUAGAGGAAGUGUCCGCGAAGCAAGUCCGUGACAUGGCUGCUCAAAGGACUGGCCUCGAUCUCUCAAGCCGUGAGGGCAAGAAGUUUGUGUCGAGUGUGAUUAAGAAGGCUUUAGAUUCUGCGGCCGACGCUUCAUAUGCUGAAGCAGGUGCUCCAAAUCCGAAGGUACCAGUCGAAAGGGAAGAGCCUGAAGUUGAAGAAGAUUCUAGGGACAGAUGUAGUAAGAAGAUGAAAGUCUCAGAAGAUGUAAAGGAGGACGAAGACAUUCAUGACCAAGUGUACGAGGAAGAUGCGGAGGAAGCAUCUAGAGAAGGAGAUAAACCAAUUUAUGAAAAGGAUGAGGAGGGCAAUAUCAUCAUAUGCGAGUUAUCAGCGAAGCGGAAGGUUGUCGUUAGUCAGUUUAGGGGCAAAACUCUAAUUUCGGUGCGAGAAUAUUAUGAGAGGGAUGGAAAAGUCUUGCCGUCUGCUAAAGGGAUAAGCCUUACGGCAGAGCAGUUCCAGGUUUUGGCAAAAUCGGCCAAAGACGUAGAAGCUGCUAUCUCUUCCCUUCAGUAAUAUUACAGUUCCCUCCAAUUUUCAAUCAGCAUAUAGAUGCUCAAUUCCGGGCACACAGUGCAUGAAACUUAAAUAUUGUCCUGCAUGGCAUUCGGCUUGUUCUUAACAGAGAGUCUGAAUGGAGAUGCUGUAAUCAUUUUAGUUAGCACUGUGCAUCGCUGCCCUUCGAAUUUCGGCCACAUUCACAACUCGAAUAGCGCAGUUGACAGAGCAGUAGAAAGGGGCUUGGGAAGAGGUGGCGUGGUGGGUUCGGAACCAUCAUGAAUGCUGGGUACUGAUUCCCAUGAGUUGCAUUUCUUACCUUGCAACUUAAAUUAUACAUCCAGGUUGACAGAUAAUUUUAAUUCAUGUCGUCCAGAGGCUUGUUGCAGGAAUAUAUACAGCUGAAGCCUUCAUCUUUUACAAGAAAA